UCAAAUCGUUUGCUCCGUUUCGACAUUAAUUCCCAUCACUCGUCAACUUCACCCACACCUCGACCAGCACUUCCAUGACUCUGGCUGGUCUCUUAGACACCUGAUCGAUCCGCUGUCUAUCGAUUCAAUCCUCCCCCAAACUUGCACCACAUCCACACAGCGAGCGAUCCUUGGAUGGCGGGCAUCUUCGAGCAAUCCCGCAACAGCGGCACCCUCUUCCUGGGCGGACAGAAGAUCAGCGGCUCCGACAUCCGCGAUCAAAAUGUCCUCGCCACGCAAGCGAUCGCCAACGUUGUCCGAUCCUCCUUCGGCCCCAGCGGGCUGGACAAGAUGAUGGUGGACGACAUUGGCGACGUCACAGUUACCAAUGACGGCGCAACGAUCCUGAGCCUCUUGACCGUCGAUCAUCCCGCUGGCAAGAUUCUGGUGGACCUUGCGCAGCAGCAGGACAAGGAGGUGGGCGAUGGGACGACGAGUGUGGUGCUGAUUGCUGCGGAGAUGUUGCGGAGGGCGAACGAGUUGAUGAAGAUGCGCAUACAUCCUACCACUAUCAUCACGGGCUACCGGUUGGCGCUGCGAGAGGCAGUGAGGUACAUGAAUGAGAACAUCAGUACCAAGGUGGAGAACCUGGGGCGGGAUAGCUUGAUCAGUAUUGCGAAGACGAGCAUGUCGAGCAAGAUCAUCGGUGCCGAUUCGGACUUUUUCGCCAAUAUGGUCGUUGAUGCUAUCACCAGCGUCAAGAGCACGAACGCGAGGGGUGAAGUCAAAUAUCCCGUCAAGGCGGUGAAUGUGCUCAAGGCGCAUGGGAAGAGUGCGACGGAGUCGAUGCUAGUCAAGGGAUAUGCGAUGAACUGCACAGUUGCCAGCCAGGCGAUGAAGACGCGGAUCCCGGAUGCGAAGAUUGCCGUCCUGGACAUGAAUCUGCAAAAGGCGAGGAUGAAGCUCGGGGUGAAUGUGGUGAUCGAUGAUCCUGCACAGCUUGAGAAGAUUCGAGACCGGGAAGCAGGCAUCGUCACCGAGCAGGUGGAGAUGAUUUUGAAGGCCGGUGCGAAUGUCGUCUUUACUACCAAAGGAAUCGACGAUCUUUGCCUGAAGUACUUCAUCGAGAAGGGGGCAAUGGCUGUGCGGAGGUGUAAGAAGGAGGAUCUCCGACGGAUUGCAAAGGCCACUGGAGCCACCAUGGUGUCGACGUUGGCAGACUUGAACGGCGAUGAGGGCUUCGAUCCCAAGAACAUCGGGUAUGCGAAGGAAGUGGUGCAGGAACGGAUAAGCGACGACGAGUGUAUCCUCGUCAAGGGUCCGAAAGAGCACACCGCGGCGUCGAUCAUCCUCCGAGGAGCGAAUGAAUACAGUCUGGAUGAGAUGGAGAGGAGUGUGCACGACUCCCUGUCGGCAGUCAAACGAACGCUGGAAAGCGGAAGAAUAGUACCCGGCGGCGGAGCGGUGGAGACGGCACUGCACAUCUACCUCGAGGAGUGGGCCACGAGCGUGGGAUCUCGCGAACAACUAGCCAUCGGCGCCUUCGCCGCCUCUCUCCUCGUCGUGCCCACCACCCUCGCCGUCAACGCAGCAAAAGACAGCACGGAGCUCGUAGCGCAACUCCGCUCCCGCCACGCCCUAAGCCAACGCACCGCCGAACCCGCGCCCCUCCCCUCCUCCCAACAACCCCCCACAACCGCCUCCCCCAACGGCGCCCCGAAAUCCCCCACCCAACCAGGCCGCCCCGCCUCCUCGCAAGGCAGCACCGGCGCCGCCAUCGACGCCGACGCCAAAGCCCUCGCCAAGGCCAAGGCGUACAAGAAUUACGGCCUGGAUUUGAGCAAGGGGCGCGUGCACGAUUGCUUGAAGGCGGGCGUGUUGGAGCCGAGUAUGAGUAAGGUGAAGCAGUUGAAGAGUGCUGUUGAGGCUUGCGUGGCGAUUAUGAGGAUUGAUACGCUGAUUAAGUUGGAUCCUGAGCAGAGGGGUGAUGGGGGCGAUGAUGGGCAUGGGCAUAUGUGAGGGUCUGGUUGACUUGCUCGUUGUCGGUGGCCCCCCAUGCGGAGAGAGAGUUGAUGAUAGUUGUACUAUUACGUCUAGCUCAAAAGCCUUACGCAUUGGAGGUGGAAAAUAAGUA